AUGAACUGCCAUGAUGAGCUUGAAGACCUGAAAGCCAACUGCACCAAGUGUGGCCAGCUGGUUGUGGAAGGCAAGGGCAGAGCUGCAGCACACACUAGGAGGGUGGGCAGCGUGUCCAAGGUCACAGCAAGACUCUGCCAAGAAUGAGCAGCAGUGGAUGGGCUUGGAUCCAACAGGAAUGCCAUCAAGUAUUUGAAGCAUGACUAUGAAGCCCUGAAGCAGCAGUGCCUGCAGACUGGCAUACUCAAGGAUGAAAAGUUCCCAGCCUGCCCUUCUGCUCUGGGCUACCAGGACCUGAGACCAUAUUCCUUCAAAACUCGGGGGAUAAUCUGGAUGUGCCCCACAGAGUUAUGUGCCAACCCUCAGUUUAUAACUGGAGGAGCUACCCAAACAGAUGUCUGCCAAGGAGACCUGGGUCAGUGCUUCCUUGCAGCAGCACUCACGUUGCUUACUCUCCCAAGUGCUAAGAAAUUAAUUCAUGUUGUAAGAAGAACUCAGGGUUUCCAGAAGGACUAUGCCGGAAUCUUUCAUUUCCAGUUCUGGCAGUAUGGGGAGUGGGUGGAUGUGGUGCUGGAUGACAUGCUGCCCACCAAGAAUGCGAAGCUGCUCUUCGUGCACUCAGAGGAAGGCAACAAAUUCUGGAGCAUGCUGCUGGAGAAGGCCUACGCCAACUCUUAUCCUUUUCCCCCAAAACUGAAUGGCGCUUAUGAAGCUCUGGCAGGAGGCUCCACUGUGGAGGUCUUUGAGGAUUUUAUUGGAGGCAUCUCUGACUCCUAUGAGCUGUGGAGGGCUCCUUCAAACCUCUACCAAACCAUCCAGAAGGCCCUGAGAGCUGGGUCACUGCUUGGCUGCUCCAUCGAUAUAACUGCUACAGCUGAAAUAGAAGUAAUCACAAGUCUGAAGCUGGUAAAAGGACAUAAUCACUGGAGCAGAGGAGAUAAUCCAGUGUGUUACCAAGGACAGCCAGAGAAAGUAGUGAGGCUUAGGAAUCCCUGGGGUGAAGUAGAAUGGACUGGAUCUUGGAGUGAUAAUGCUCAUGAGUGGAAUUAUGUUGAUCCCAAACAAAAACAGGCUCUGGAUAAGCAAGUAGAUGAUGGAGAGUUUUGGAUGGCAUUUUCAGAUUUCCAAAGGCAGUUUAGUCACCUUGAGAUCUGCAAUUUGACUCCUGACAUACUGAAAAGAAACAAGGUCAACAAAUGGAACCUGACCCUGUUUAAUGGACAGUGGAGAUGGGGUUCAUCUGCUGGGGGCUGCCAGAAUUACCCGGCAACAUACUGGACCAAUCCCCAGUUUAAAAUCCAGUUGGAUGAACCAGAUGAUGACCAUGAAGGGAGUUUGAAUGAGCCAUGCUGUACCAUUCUGGUGGGCUUGAUGCAGAAGAACCACAGGAGACAGAAGAGAAUGGGAGAAGGUCUGCUUAGUAUUGGUUAUUCACUCUAUCAGAUAAAAUUUAUUCCUCAGGAGCUGGAAAGCAGCACAGAUGUGCACGCAAGCCAUGCUUUCUUUGCAAGGCACCAGCCAGCAGCCUGGACUGACCCCUAUGUGAACCUGUGUGAGGUCUCCAGCUGCGUGAUGCUGUCCUGGAGACAGUACCUCAUUGUGCCCUCCACCUUUCAACCCUACAAGAAUGGGGAGUUCUGACUGAGAGUUUUUGCUGAGAAUCAGGCUAAAUCACAAAUGAUGGGUGAUGAGGUGUCUGCAAAGCCAUAUGAGCCUCAUGCUGACAACAAAGAUAUAGAUGAUGAGUUCAAGACUCUAUUCCAAAAGCUCUCUGGAGAGUAUGUUUUGUUUUCUGUCUGGGACUGUGAAAAGACUGCCACUGAACUUCAAAGGAUCCUAAACCGGGUUUUUGUGAAGAGAAAGGAUGUGAAAAGUGAUAGAUUCAGCAUUAACACUUGCAGGGAGAUGAUCAGCCUUUUAGAUACCGAUGGGACCAGCACCUUGGGACUUGUAGAAUUCAAGACACUUUGGAUGAAGAUUCAAAAGUAUUUGGCAAUCUAUAAGAAAGUGGACAGUGACUACUCUGGUGCCAUCAACUCCCACAAGAUGCAAAAUGCCCUCAGAAAGGCAGAUGAGUGUUUCAGGCUCAAAGAUGAGGUGCAGCACAGCGUUGUCACCUGCUACGCCUGCAGCACCAAGCUGACCAUCAACUUUGAUGGCUUUGUGGCCUGCAUGAUCCACCUGGAGACCCUGUUCAGUGUGUUUCAUCUCCUGUACAAAGACAAGAAUGGAGUCAUCCAGAUCUCUCUCCCUCAGUGGCUGUGCUGCACACUGGUUUGA